AUGGGACAGAGAAGAGGGAGAGGAGAGGGAGAGGAGGGGGAGGAGGGCCCCACCCCUCCUCUUCCACCAGCCUCUACUCCCCCAAUCCCUACAACACCUCAUUCUUUACGCCAAGCCUAUUCGGAGAGUCUACAUUUCAGCGAGUUUUCAACAAUGUUGGGACGAUUUGUGUCAUGUAUUCUUUUUGGCUGCAUGCUUCUCGUCUCCUCUGUGCUCACACAACACGCCGACGACCACCAGGAGAUGAGGCCUAUCUACUCUUGGGAAAAUAUGGGAGUUCCAUUGAAGCGCGCAGCGCCCUUCCAACUUGAAGAUGCCUUCCCUGGGCCGAUCGCCAAAAGGAAGCAAUUCUACGCCUGGGCUGGAAAGCGCUCGGGACCACAAACAUGGGAGAUUCCAGCUUUUGAGAAACGCCGUUUUUACGCAUGGGCUGGCCGCAAA